GAUUCUAAGUCAUCUGUACAAACUGAUGUUAACGCGAUAAGCGAAAAAUUAUAAAAACUCUUUGAUUUAUUGUAAAGAAAAUCAAGAGUGACAGGCAUACAUACUUGUUUGUAUUUAUUUUAAUAUUUUGAAAUUUUAAUUUAUUGUUAAAGAGUAGGUUUAGAUGAUUCAUAUUAUUUGAAUUAAUUAACCAUUUUAUAUUCUACUUUCUUAUUUUUUAAUUGUUUAAAAUAUUGCAAUUUUGGUGAAUUUAUUAAAGAUAACUGA